CGAUACCAGACAUAUCAACGGAUGUGGAAUUACAUGCACUCAAAGCAGCCAAGCGUAUUUGUCAAGAGCACAGAGGAAGGAAUAGCCAGAGUGUUGAACUCAAACUAUGCAUUCCUUUUGGAAUCCACUAUGAAUGAAUAUUAUCGUCAACGCAACUGCAAUCUCACUCAAGUUGGAGGUCUUCUGGACACCAAGGGCUAUGGCAUUGGCAUGUCUGUAGGCUCUGUUUUCCGUGAUGAGUUUGAUCUGGCCAUACUUCAGCUGCAAGAGAACAAUCGGCUGGAAGAUCUCAAGCGGAAAUGGUGGGAUGGAGGAAAAUGUCCAAAGGAGGAAGACCAUCGAGCCAAAGCUGUCAUUUUAUAUCACUUUCCUUUCUGCUAA